AUGAAAAGUGGCAAGCUUGCUCAGCAUUUUUCUUCUGAAGCACACCAAGCAGCAUUGGCUGAUUUUGCUAGGUUUUCAGUCGAACAAGGACAAAUUGACAUUCAAAUGAAUAGGCAUCUGAAGGGCAUCAUCAUUCAGGAGAAGGCUGACGAAGAUAAAUGCAAAUCGAUAAUGAACAUUUUGUUUGAUAUUGCUAGAACAUUGGCAAGGCAAGGAAUUGCUUUCAGAGGCUCCGCAGGAGACCAGAACGGCAAUUUUGUCCAUUCACAAAAUGAACUUUUAGAGAUCUUGGGGGAGAAUGUUAGAGAAAGAAUAAAAGAUGAGAUUGAGUGUGCUAAAAUGUUGUCGGUUUCGGCCGAUACAACACCCGAUGUUAGCAAUACGGAUCAAAUGGUUGUGGCUGCAAGAUAUAUUGGUGAAAAUGAAAUUGCGCGCGAGAGAGUCGUGGAAAUGAAAGAGUGCAAUGACAAACAUGGAGAUAAGACAGCAGAAUGUAUUCUCAAGUGUCUGGAAGCAAAUGAAAUUAAUGUGAAUUAUCUCUGCUUCCAAACAUACGAUUUCGUAAAUAAUAUGUCUGGGAGAAUUGCAGGGGCACAGAGGGUUCUACAAGAUAUUCUUGAAAGACCAGUCCCGUACAUUCCAUGUCAAGGGCAUCGAUCUGAUACUUUCAAAGAGCAUUGUGCAAAACAAAGUGCCAUAAUUACGUCGAUAUACGAUAAUUUUCAAGAUAUAUAUGUUUUCUUCAGUGCCAGCUCCAAACGAAACAAAAUUUACAAUAAAGAAGUUCAAGAAGUUGAUGAGUACUCCUUGAAACUCCGCAACAUGUCUAAAACGAGAUGGGUCUACUCUUCAGAGUCGAUGGAAGCAGUGUGGCGAAGUUUACAAAGCACACUCAAAGCAAUUGAAAAAGUUGUUGUCAGUGACGACAGCACAGAAAUGAAGGGUAAAAGUGAAGGGUAA